UUCAUCUAAACAAACGCUGCUGCCAAUUUUGUCCUCAUCACAAUAAAAUGGGUUUGCUCACUAUUCUCAUGUAUAUACUGGCGAUGAUCUUCAUUGUGUAUUUUGCGUUCAUUACUGGCUACUACACCAACACAUAUGUUCGCUUCCACUAUGAAUUAGAAAUCAUUCCCGAUGAAGGCCAACCAUAUUACUUCAGAAUUGACCGUGCAGGACAGAGCAACGCGAUGAAGAGAAAAAUUAGAGAUGCCCAGUUGGGUAGCGAAGCUGGUACUGCAAACGAAAAUACAGAUCAUGAGGCCUAA